AUGUCGAGAUCUGGUGAAUUACAUUUAAAAGAUCAUUUACUGACACCACCAUUAUAUCAUGAAGCAAUUAGUUCUCAACAACAGAUUCCGAAUCAAUAUCCUGUGUUGUCUAAUACUCAUACGAUAGUGCGUUCUCCUGCAAAUGAAAAUCAUGAAGAAAUUCCAUCCCAAAGACAUCGUUAUCAAGCCGUGAUUUUGACAGCAAUCAUUGUCGAUGGAAUCAUUCUUCUGGCUAUUAUAGCCUCUUUCACAUAUAUCUUUGUAAAACGUAAUCCAGUCACUCCUCCAGCACCAAUGACAACAACAACGAAAAGACCAAGUUGA